GUCACGACCACCCCCAAAAAUUCGAAAUAUAUCACAAAGAGAAAGAGAAAGAGGCAUCUCAGUGGUAAAAUAUGUCAAAAGAUUGCGGUAAUCACGGUGGAGGCAAAGAGGCAGCCGUCCGGCGAAUCUUAACCGCCGUAAUAGCCUUUGUCAUAAUAGUCCUAAUCACCAUCUUCCUAGUGUGGGUCACACUUAGGCCCACAAAGCCAAGAUUCGUCCUCCAAGACGCCACAGUCUUCGCCUUCAACCUCUCGCAACCAAACCUCCUCACCACAAACUUCCAAGUCACGUUCGCAUCUCGUAACCCUAACUCCAAGAUCGGUAUCUACUACGACCGGCUCCACGUCUACGCUACGUACAGGAACCAGCAGAUCAGUCUCCGGACAUCGAUCCCUCCAACGUACCAAGGUCACAAAGAAGACAACAUCUGGUCUCCGUUCGUUUAUGGAACCGCUGUUCCCAUUGCUCCGUACAACUCCAUCGCGUUGAAGGAUGAGCAAGGACGUGGGUUCGUUGGGUUGAUGAUACGCGCUGAUGGGCGCGUGAGGUGGAAAGUAGGGACGUUGAUCACCGGAAGAUAUCAUAUACAUGUUCAGUGUCCGGCUUAUAUCAAUCUUGGAAACAAAGCUGCUGGUGUUAUUGUCGGUGACAACGCCGUUAAGUAUACGUUGGUUACUAAAUGCAGUGUAAACGUUUAGAACAUUGAACAUCGUUGAGUUGCUUUUUUCUUUCUUUGAAAAAAUAUUUAUAAUUAAUCGAUCAUUUUCUUUUUAUUAACUAAUUCACCAAACUUCUUCUUCCACCAGCAAGAUAUUAUUUCUGUUUCACUACUUGUUGUUAAGAUUAGUGUUGAUUAUUAUUAUAGAAUAAUUACAAUCACGAUGGUGUGUGGCUGAAUUUUAUUGUAAAUCCACUGAAAUCGAAAAUAUGUAUUGGUACUGGUUCUUUUGUGU